AUGCUCGACUGCUGCACGACAGUCUGCUGCGGCGAACGAACGACCAUGUUCUGCGACUGCGGAGGAGAUCGGAGCCCCGACGAGCCCUCCGAGCCAAUCUUAGCCGGCCUCCUGCUGAAGCGGAACCGGUGGAGGUGGGUUCGGCGGCGCGCAGUGUUACGGAGAGGCCGGCUCAGUAUAGGCGCCGAGAGAUUAGAUCUGACCGACGCAAAGCUCGAAGACGUCGACGAGCCCGGCCGCCACACGUUCUGCAUCGACGACCACGUCUUCCGCUGCGACACGGCCCGAGAGAAGCGGCGCUGGCUGCGCGACGUGGCCCGGGCGAGCGGCGCCGCGCGGCCGCCGCCGCGCCCGGCGCCGGCCGUCCACGGUAUUCUGCUCAAGCAAGGGCAGCACGGGCUCUGGAACCGGCGGAGCGCCGAGUUGCGGAGCGACGCGUGGACGGCGGCGCGCGGCCACCGCUGGCGCCUCGAGUGGUCCGACGCCGACAAUCAGAAGCGGCCGGGCGGCCGCGUCGACGUGAGAAACGCCACGAUCGCUCCUGGUGAGAACGACGACACGUUCGUGGUCAACGACGUGCGCUUCAAGGGUUUGGCCGAGGGCGACGCCGAGCGGUGGCUCGCUUGUUUAAGUGCGGCGCGGCGCGGCGCUUCUCGUCAGGACGUGGCGCGGAUCUGGGCGCCCGUCGACGAGGCGCGCGACGUGCGGGGCGGCUCUAGUGGAGGCGCGCUGGUCGUCGUGUUGGUCUCGUGCGUCGUCGUCAUGCGACCGCAGAUCUUGCUCGCCGUCCUGCGCUACGUCCUCCUGCCCCUUCUCCUGAUCCUCGUCAACGCCUACGUCUUCCGGCGCGCGCUCGUGCGGCUGGCGACGCGCAAAAUGCCUUUAAGGCGGCCGCCGACGUUGGACCUGGCCGUCCGCGGCGCGGCCCUGCAGAUCACUUUGACAGACAUCGUCUACGAAGACCCGGCGCUGCUCGACGACGACUCCGACGACGAGGACGACGACGAGGAACAGAAGGACCCGUUGCUGGCUCUGGAGACGAUCGUGGUCUCGAUAAUCGUGCGGCGCGUCGGUAAAUCCAGGCGGCUGCGGGCCGAGAUCUCCGCCGAGGUCACGGGCCUCACGCUCUGCUACGCGACCUACGACGCUAGGUUUAGGGACACGAACUUGAAGAGGUUCCGGGGCGAGGCCGAGGAAGAGUUCGACGAGGACGAGCCGCCUCCCUCGACGAAGCCCCGGUCGCUCGUCUACCGCGGCGUCCACUUCCGGAAUUUAGCGGUACGACUCGUCGCGCGGUCGCCCUUUGGGGCGAGGCACCUCGGGACCAUACAAUUACGAGAUGAGACGGCUGAUUUAGAAAAAAACUUCAAGUCCCGCAUUCAAACGUUCGCCUGGAUCCAGGGCCUGGCCGUGCGCGCCGUGGCGAACGUUGGAUUCGACGUCAUGGACGCGGCGUUUAGUGGGGCGGCGUCGGCGGUGACGGGUCUCGUGUUCGCGCCGCUGGACGUGGCGGACCGCGUUGCUGAGAGAUUUGGCGGUUCUCGUGUGGUCACGGGCGUGACGGGGGGCGUGCGGUCGACGGUCGGGGGCGUGGUCGGGGGUGGGACGGCCGUCGUCGGCGGGUCUUUAGCUGCUGGUCGCGCAUUGGUCCAAGGAGCGACGUCGGGCGACGUGGGCCAGCUCGGCGAGGCGGGCCGGGCCUUCGCGGGCGGGGUGGUCGGUGGGGUCGGUUCCGUCGUCGGCGGCGUGGCCCACGCUGGUCAAGAUGUGGUUGGGGGCGUGCGCGCGGGCGUGCGGUCGACGUCGACGACGCUUUUUGACUAA